AUGAAAGACAGAAAUAUAAGUAGAAAUAAUGGAAAUAAUAGAAAUACAGACAGAACACUAAAUAUAAAGGUUUCUGCUAUACAUAAAACUGCGAUACUAGCUUUAAAAAUUACUAUUAAAUAUAAUCAAUAG